CGUCAUAAUUUGAGGGUGGGAGUUCGUUAUUGCCUUAAUUUUCACCUCCUUGAGCUGUCACAUUCCUCACAUUUUUACACAUUGAUUACACUUCGUUUAUUUUAGCAGCAAGUUACUGUACAUCAUCGAAGACUACCGUCGAGGUCACGUUUUACAAUAAACCCUCACUAACGUCGCACGGCCAGGUCGUGCUGGCAGCCCGGCGUAAAUCUGCCGGAGUAUUUAAAUUCCGCAGACGUCCCGCCUCUUGACAAAUAGCCCGGGUGGGAUGAGAGCAGCGCUCGAGUACGUGAACGGCAUUCCUGACAUACACGAGGGACGUAAUAGCUGCACUCCGUACCCCUCUUAAAAAUAAAAAUGAAAAAAAUCAACAAACAAACAAAACAAUCCGACCAUUUCUCCGUUGAGACAUGCAAUCGUUUUGCUCUUUCUGUUUGGCGAGUUCACACCCAAGACAAGUGUGGCGAGAGUCAAAAGCGUGCUUUCAUGGGUCUUGGCCAGGUUAGCGGGAUGGUGCAAGAUUGCAAAUAUGUUCGCUCAGCGUGAAUUUCCUGUUCUACCAUCCUCUCGUCGCUCCUGCUGCUUAGACAGAUAAUGCUACGCUACGCGCGCACACCCCCCAAGCAGGCCUUGUUUUCCGCCUCGUCAUUUCCGCCUUUGACCACCGUAGCCUCUUCUGCACAGAGAUUCCGCAGAAAUUGCUCGAUCAGAGCUGAAGCAGAAGAGCAUCAGUCAGCAUUUGCCUUUCACACCGACACCAGAAAAGACAGGAAUUUGCUGCAACCAGAAUCUUUACCAUGGAACUAUGACCUAGAGGCCCACUGUGUUUCGACUGCUCAAAAAAUAGAAGCUCCGCAAUGAACAAGCUACGGCAGAGCUUCCGGCGGAAGAAGGACAUCUACGUGCCGGAGUCUAGCCGGCCGCACCAGUGGCAGACGGAUGAGGAGGCGGUCCGAAGCGGGAAAUGCAGCUUUGCGGUCAAGUACUUGGGACACGUGGAGGUGGAAGAGUCGCGGGGCAUGCACAUCUGCGAGGACGCGGUCAAGCGGCUGAAGACGGACAGGAAAUUCUUCAAAGGAUUCUUUUCCAAAGCUGGGAAGAAGGCAAUACGCGCCGUGCUGUGGGUGUCGGCGGACGGUCUCCGAGUGGUCGACGACAAAACAAAGGACCUGAUCCUCGACCAGACGAUUGAAAAGGUGUCGUUCUGCGCGCCGGACCGCAACUUUGAGAGAGCCUUUUCAUACAUCUGCCGAGACGGGACGACGCGCCGCUGGAUCUGCCAUUGCUUCAUGGCCGUCAAAGACUCGGGAGAGCGGCUCAGUCACGCUGUGGGCUGCGCCUUCGCCGCCUGCCUGGAGCGGAAGCAGAAGCGGGAGAAGGAGUGUGGCGUCACCGCUACGUUUGACGCCAACCGGACCACCUUCACCCGUGAGGGCUCCUUCCGGGUCACCACGGCCACAGAAGCGGCUGAACGGGAGGAAGUCAUGAGGCAGCUGCAGGACUCUAAAAAAGCUGAGAGCGACACAAAGGUGGCGGGGAACUCGUCCGGCGGCGGCGUGAUCAACGUCUCCGCCGUUCAGUCGGGGAGCCCGCCGUCGCCCUCGUCCUCGCCGCCCCUCUCGCUGAACACCCUGGGUAUACCCCGCCGGCACGCCCCCGCCGAGGCGCUGGCCAGGCAGGGCUCCUUCCGUGGCUUCCCGGCGCUCAGCCAGAAGACGUCGCCCUUCAAGCGCCAGCUGUCGCUGCGCAUAAACGAGCUUCCCUCCACCGUGCAGCGCAAGUCGGACUUCCCCAUCAGGAAUGCAGUGCCUGAGGUGGAAGGAGAGAACGAUAGCAUAAGCUCGCUGUGCACUCAGAUUACUACGGCGUUCAGCGGACCCCCGGAGGACCCAUUUUCCUCAGCGCCCAUGCCCAAAGCGCUCGCCUCGCCGCAGUCACCCGUUGUGCCAGUCAAUGGCUCCGCUGCCGCUGCUCCCGCUUCCUUUUCCACUCCCCAUCCUCAUCCUCUCGUUCCUCCCCCGCUUCCUACUGCUGCUGGUGUUAAUCCUCCAGCUCCGAGUUCAGCAGCGUUGGCCCCUGCUCUGCCCGCUCGAGACACUAACCCCUGGGCCAAGACCUCUGCUGGGGUCCCAACCUCUGCAAUGGCGGGAGGUGAUUGGCCCUCGUCCACUCCUGUCAUCAUCGUCCCGCCCACGUCUUCUCCAGUGUUACCCUCGCACAAACGCACCCCGUCUGAAGCGGAAAAAUGGCUGGAGGAGGUUUCUAAGUCUGUGCGGGCUCCUCGACCUGACCCCAUCCUGGCAGCGGCCCCAAUGCCCGCCCCGCCGUUCACCGCUCCCUUGGCCCCCUUACCCCCGGUGGCGUACGUGCCCCUGCUGCCCCCGCGUCAGACUGCUUUCCAUCCCAUGUCCAACGGGCUGUCCUUCCCACAACCCAGCGUGCCCGUGGUGGGCAUCACCCCCUCCCAGAUGGUGGCCAACGUCUUCGGCUCAGCCGCGCAACCCCAGACCUUUCCCGCCCCGGCACCCGUAGCGCCCCCGGGGCAUGUCAUCCCAGGCCCCUUCAUCAAGCCUCCGCCGUCGCCCGCCGCCGUCAGCGUGCACCCUCCCAACGGCAGCGGCAACUUCAACGGGGCGAACAAUUGGGCUGUUCCGCCCCACCCGCCCGCCACCUCCUUGCCCGCUUCAGCCGCCCCGCAGCAGCCACAGGAAGAUGCCUUUGAGGCUCAGUGGGUGGCGCUGGAGGGGCGCUCGCACCAGCGCACGACGCCGUCUCCCACCAACCCCUUCUCCACUGAGCUGCACAAGACUUUUGAGAUCCAGCUCUGAUGACUGUGCCUGCCUGAGGAAGCGAGGGGAAAGGGAUGUUCUCCAUGUUGGGGGUGGUGCGGGGUAGUGGUGGUCACGAGACGAUGGGGGGGUGGCAGUGGCGGGUGGUGUCAUCAGAGAACCCGCCACCCCCUCCAGAAAAAAAAAAACAUGCUGCUGUUCCUCACGAUUCUCAUCAGCAUUGCCUGUGCUUGUUUGAUCGUCCUGUGGAACUCCACUAACUACAACUACCACCGCCACCACCUCCUGUAAGCCGCUUCUUACCCACUCAAUUCUCAACCUUCCACCAACCUCACCCGACUGGAAGAGUAAAGCAAGACAAUGCCAAAAUGUUUAUUUUUAUGCAUUAAGUAUAUUUUAAAUAGCUACAGAUUACAACCGUCAUCUUGCCAAAGGCACAGAAUAGCGACGAAUUAACGUGUGUGUGUGGGUGAGCGUGUGCGUGCGUGCGUCUAUAUGUGUACUUUGUAUUUAUAUGGGCCGUGUAUCUCUCCAAUAAAGGAUGAUUUGAUUUGAUGCGUAUCCCAUUACAUGGGGUGCGAUACAAUUCAUAGACAGUUUAUUUUAAAGAAACUAUUUGAUUUGGUUCGUUUCACUGGGAUUGCGAAUCGAUUCAAUAUGGUACUGCUGAGUUCAGUAGGGUAUGAUGCAAUGAGUUUCUUGUCAUUUUACAAUAUGAAUGAAUUUGUCAUCCUAACUGUGGCAUUUCCUUCAAAGAUAUAUGUCUCCAAUAAAAGGUGAUUCGACACACAUCUCCAUAUAUUUUAUAGUGGAACAAUUCGGUUCAGUUCGAUCCACUCACCUCUUUUAAAUCAUAUACGAUUUUCCGAUUCAAAUUGUUUUUUGUCACACCUCUAAAAAUAUAUAUAUAUAUAUAUAUAGUAUAUAUAAAACAUAUGUAAUAUAUGUUUCAUAUAUGUAUAUUAUACAUAUAUAUGUAUAUUUUACCGAAAUAUAAAUAUAUAAAGAGUCUCACACAGCAGUGCUCAUUUUUAAUGUGAUGUAAAGAGAUUUUGUGAAGGGACAGCUGCUUUACUUUUUGGCGUGUUUAUUUUAUUUAAUUUUUAGUCUUUGUGGGCGACCGUAAAUAGGGCGUCAUUACAGCAACAAUCAACAAGGACCGAGCGUCAACAGCAGCAACAAACGGCGAGUUUACGUUUUAACCUUUUACAUUUUUUGCGCGGGGGGGGGCCACGUCUACCACUCAUCUCCACCCCCCCCCCAAAAAAAAGUACGUAAUUGCUCGUGUUUGAUUUUGCACGAGCGCCAAUGACUUAAGAUAACUGGACCUCCUCCACCGGCCCACUGCUCAAGGGUUAAAAGGGAGACGACGACAAACCGAAACUAAUGCUUUCCAUUUCUCGCUGUUUGUUGUUAUUUUUUUAUUUUGAAAUCAAACCCUGUGAAUAUAAUCUUUUCUGAUCUAUUUUUCCAUUUUGUAAUUCUUUCACGAAUUGUCCAAUCGUCUGGGGAGAUCUUGAAAGUUAAAAGGUUGAAUAAAUUAUGGUGAUAGAGGACAAACU